GACGGUCAACCCCUGGGUCCUGCUGCUUACGUUUCGGUGUAACUCCUUGCGCAUGUCUGACAACACGUGCAGCAGCGACACAGCUUCCAUCUGUUAGCUUGUUAUUUGUUUCCGUAAAUAAGAUUUUCUUCCAGUGCUGUGAAGCGACAGCUCGUCUGUAAAUGGGGGGUCUUCAGAAGAAAAAGUAUGAGCGGGGCUCUGCCACCAACUACAUCACCAGGAACAGAGCACGAAAGAAGCUCAUGCUGAGCCUCCCUGACUUCAGGCGGCUGUGCAUUCUUAAAGGAAUUUAUCCACAUGAGCCAAAACACAAGAAGAAGGUGAACAAAGGCUCCACUGCUCCAAGGACCUUCUACCUGCUUAAAGACAUCCGGUUUCUACUGCAUGAGCCAAUUGUGUCCAAGUUCAGAGAGUACAAGAUCUUUGUGCGUAAACUAAGGAGGGCUUAUGGAAAAACAGAGUGGUCUGCUGUUGAAAGACUGAAAGAGAACAAGCCAGCCUACAAAUUGGACCACAUUGUAAAAGAAAGGUACCCCACCUUUAUCGACGCCCUACGUGACAUCGACGACGCCCUCUGCAUGUGUUUUUUGUUCUCCACAUUUGCCCGAACGGGAAAAUGUCAUGUGCAGACAAUCCAACUGUGCAGGCGCCUCACUGUGGAGUGGAUGAACUACGUGAUUGUGUCUCGUUCGCUCAGAAAGGUUUUCCUCUCCAUCAAGGGAAUAUAUUACCAAGCUGAGGUCAUGGGACAGCUCAUUACAUGGCUGGUGCCAUAUCAGUUCUCCCAUGAUCACCCAACAGAUGUUGACUACCGAGUCAUGGCAACUUUCACAGAGUUGUACACAACUCUCCUGGGGUUUGUCAACUUCAGACUCUACCAGUCUCUCAACUUGGUGUACCCUCCAAAGCUGGAUAGUAAAGCAGAAUCAGAGCUCAAAGAAGACGAUGACGAGGACUAUGCCAUGAAUUCAGAGAGCUACACUGAGAAACUUUCAGCUCUUAGUUCCAGCCUGGCACGUGUUGUUUCCUCAGAGGAGGAGGAUGCUAAACUUGAUGAGUUUCCUGAUGAAGGGGAGGACAUGGAGAAGAUGGAAGCCAGGGAGAAGGAGCAGAAACUGUUGGAAACCCAGAAAAAGAUAUUUGAGGGGCUCAAAUUCUUCAUCAACAGAGAAGUGCCCAGAGAGUCGCUGGCGUUUGUCAUCAGGUGUUUCGGUGGUCAGGUGUCCUGGGAUAAAUCUGUUUGCAUUGGAAGCACAUAUGAUGUCACGGAUGAGACUAUCACACAUCAGAUUGUUGACAGACCUAAUGUGGACAAACAGUACAUGAACAGGUACUACAUCCAGCCCCAGUGGGUGUACGACUGUGUCAAUGCUAAAAUGGGCCUCCCUGUGGAGGACUACUUUCUUGGAGUGACUCUGCCUCCUCACCUGUCUCCAUUUGUGGAAGAGAAGGAAGGAGACUACGUUCCCCCAGAGAAGCUGAAGAUAAUGGCCUUACAGCGAGGAGAAAAACCUGGUCAACAAGAUGAGGAAGAGGAAGAAGAGGAAGAAGAUGAAAAUGAAGAGGAGGAGGACGACGAAGAGGAUGAAGAUGAGGCCGAAGAGAAGAACCUCAAAAAAAUGGAGGAGCAAAGAUCUCAGGGGAAGUCUCUACAAGUUAAAGUGACGCCUGGAAAAGUGAAGGUAGAAAAUCCCGCUCGCUUGGAGCAGGAGGAGAAGGCAGAGGAAAAACGUCUCGCCAUCAUGAUGAUGAAGAAAAAGGAGAAGUACCUGUAUGACAAGAUCAUGUUUGGAAAAAAGAGAAAAGUCAGAGAGGGGAACAAGCUUGCUGCCAAGAGGAAAGCACAUGACGAUGCUGAGAAAGCCAAGAAGAAAAAAGCAAGAAAAUAACUCCUUAGAUGAUUUUCGUCUGAAUCUGACUUUAUGUAUAAGACUUUAUGAAUUAGUGGGGCGAGUUGGCAUCUCAUAAAACCUGAAGCUGCAUCUGUGAGUUCUCUGCAUGAAGUACAUGCAACCUCUGUGUGUGGUUGCAUUGGCCUCAUGUUUAUACAGAAAUCAAGGAUGCUCCAUAUGCUGACUGUAAUUAUUGAUUUAAAGCCAAUUGUUGUCAACUUUGAGUUUUCCUACUCUACAUUGUAAAACAUUUGCCACAUUUUAAUGUCUGUUUGAAAUGAUUUUCAUUUUAAAUUAAAAUCUUAUUCAACUUCUAACAGAUCUGCUUAUUUUACAACUGUAAUUUAUUUAUUUUUCUUUCAUUAUCUGGUGGCAACCAUUUCACAUCCUGGUUUCAAUGCAUGUUUAUUUCUACUUGGGAAUUUUUUAUUGUUAUAAUAUAAAAACGACAGACCCUUCA